CAAGGGUGCAUCAAUGCGCCUCCCGUCACCGCCCACGUCAGCGGCAGAACACUAAAAUUUAGCGGUCUUCGGCGGCAGAAAGCUGCCCCUCCAGUAAAACAAACCGCCGUUCAGUCCAGGCCAGUCGGCUUCGCAAAAAACAUACCACCCUACCAUAUCGAUUCAAGAUGCCGCGAGAAGCAGAGCCUUCACUCAACGAGAAGCAGUUUGUGAUACAAGCGUUACAAGAAAACCUUCGGCUCGACGGGCGCGAGCUUGACCAAUACCGGCCUCUAGAGCUUAGCUUUGGCGACCAGUAUGGCCUCGCCGAUGUAAAACUCGGCAAAACAAGAGUCCUCGCCAAAGCAACAGCCGAAGUGACGGUCCCCUACACCGACCGCCCGCUCGACGGCAUCUUCACCAUCGCGACCGAGCUCGGCCCCAUGACGUCGCCGGCGUUCGAAGUCAACCGCCCGACCGAGACCGAAGUCCUGCUCUCGCGUCUGCUCGAAAAGACAGUCCGCCGCUCGGGCGCCCUCGACACGGAAUCCCUCUGCCUCGUGGCGGGGCAAAAGUGCUGGUCCGUCCGCGUCGACGUGCACGUGCUCUCGCACGACGGCAACCUGAUCGACGCCUCGUGCCUGGCCGUCGUCGCUGCCCUGCGCCACUUCCGCAAGCCCGACACCAGCAUGGAGGCCGGCGUGCUGACCGUCUACACCCCCGCCGAGCGGGAGCCCGUCCCGCUCAGCUGGCUGCACUCGCCGUUCUGCGUAACGUGGAGCUUCUUUGGCGAGGAGGGGGAGAUUGCUGUGUUGGACGCUACUUGGAUCGAAGAGCAGGUGCGGGUCGGGAGCUGUACGGUCAGCUUGAAUAAGCAUGGGGAGAUAUGUCAGAUUGCGAAGCUCGGCGGGACGCCGGUCGAGGCGGUUGCGUUGUUGCAGUGCGUGAGUGUUUCGCUGACUAAGGUAAAGGAGUUUUCAGACUUGUUGGACAGGAAGCUGGCGGAGGACCUGAAGAGGAGGGAUAAAGGCGGGUUUAUGGCCGAGUUGAGAGCUGAGAAUGAUAGGUGAUAUCAGUGUCUGCAUGGGUGGGAUGGUGGAAUGAAAGCAGGACUCAAAAAGGAGAUACCCACGGCCGCUUUAGCCGUUCAUGAAUGUCUAGCUCGGAAUCACUACGGGAAUUCAGGGUGCUCAAGAUUCAGCCGGCGGCGACUCGACCUGGAUAGUGCAGGUUUGUUGGAUGGCCUCCCAGCGGAUCAAAUGGAAGCCUCGGGGGCCUUCCCCUUGUACGGCGUUACGGGCGAUUACAAUCCGAUUCCAUGCUGUGGAGGCGGCUAUCGGAGAGGCGACAAGCUAGAUCUCAGCCUUCAAUCAGGGUGUGUUUGAUUGAUAGCUACUCCGUACCCGGCUUAUGAGGGGAACGUUACAGGGAUGAAACAGUGUGCUCUGUUCGACUCACUUGACUGCGGGAGCAGCCCGGGGCUUGACCAUGAUUCCAGCCACCAAAAUACAUUAUCUCCCGGGG